AAUUAAAUCAUCAAGAUAUACCUGUAAAUUCUAUUCCAUGACAGUAAGCAUGCAUAUUCAUGAAUCAAAAAGGGGGGUUUUUUUUUUUUUCCUUCUUACUGAGCAAAAUAAUUGCUGAUUUAUGGGUUCGAGAAUCCUUUAUUAACCAUAUCAUUUCAACUUCUCUGUUUACUAAGUAAACUCUCCUCUCUCUCUCUCUGCUAUGCAAAUGUCUCAAAUUCUUGAAAAUUCUCCCAGACACUGUGCCAACCAAGGAGUCAACUUCAAGAAAUUCAACAAGAAGCUCUUCUUUGCUUUCUUUACCUUUCUGCUUACAGUUUUAUCAUUCAUCUUGCUAGUUUGGCUCAUCCUACACCCCACAAAGCCCCAGUUUUCUCUCAGAGAGGUUGAAAUCAAUCAACUCAACCUCUCCGGUCCCUCCCUUCUCAACUCCUCAGUUGAGCUCACUCUCCUAUCCAACAAUCCAAACAGGAAAGUCGGGAUUUAUUACGAUGAGUUACAGGUAUGUGCAUCUUACAAGGGUCAAACAAUUACUCACGAUACUUCAAUCCCUCCUUUUUACCAAGAGCACGAAGAAACAAAUUACCUGAGUGCGUCUCUGGUAGGAUAUCAGCAACCUGUAGCUCCGUCCUUUGGUUAUGAUGUCGGGCGCGACCAGAGAAUCGGAAAACUGGUUUUGACCGUCAAGGUAAUUGGAAAGCUCCGAUGGAAGGUCGGGACUUGGGUUUCUGGGAUGUAUAGGUUCCAUGUAAACUGUGUAGUUAUCAUGCCAUUUGGACCUAUACCAUCUCCUCCCCUAAGUUCCAAACAAGGGACACGAUGUUCGACUACUAUUUGAAGGAUUUCAUUGUAAAAGUAAAGUGAUUUUCUGUAUAUAGCGUAAUAUCCACAUAUUCAACAAGGAGAUGCACUCAAUACCUAAAUUGGGGAAACCUGUGUGCUCAGUGUUUGUUUCAGAAUCUCUUAUAUGAAUAUUGACUUGAAUUAUACCA